AUGCCGACCAGGACCAAAGAAUCGACUCCAACUACUACCGACGAUGCAGAUUCCACCACCAUCACUGACGAUUCGUCUUCAACUACUGCUACAGAUUCUUCAACGUCCACGAGCACUACCACGUCAGACUCAUCAUCCAGCACAUCAACAUCAACAUCAUCUUCAAGCAGCACAUCGCAAUGGGCCGCCCAAGUAACCGUCUACGACGACACGGGCAAUUACAAAGUCGUCACCAUGAAUGGAAUGACCUUCUUUGAUCCCACAGACAAUACUACGAAGCCCAUGGCCUUCCCUAGCGGGACAGGCAAAUUAGGAACCGGCAGAGCACAGAAACACUGGAAUAAUCUUGAGAAUGAAAGUAUCGCCGCCAUAUUCCUCGGUCUGAUAUUCGUUGGUAUACUACUCAUGGCCUUGGCCGGAAUUGGUCAAAGGUGGGAUCGGAGGAAGCAGAAGAAAUUGAUUGAGGAGCAGAAACGGCUGGAGCAGAUUGAGUCGUACGAGAGAGUGAAGGAAAACAGCGGUCAUAUCCAUUACUCGGACACUCAUCAAGCUGUCGCGUAG